AUGUUCACACCCAUUCAAACUUCCCUCGGAGCCUGGCUUCUAUUCCAGGGCUCCUCGGGUCUACUCGUCCAUAACGGUGCUGUCUUCGGCAUAUCCUCCCUUAUUUCGGGCUCCGUCUUUAGUCCAUCAAGGGAUAAUGUGCCUAUCAUUGCUGGCUUGGUAUCGAGUAUUCUCCCAGUCUACCUGCUCGCCCCAUCUUUACUCCCGAGCUACCCUGCAGCUCCGGAUUCAUUGGCUACGGCGGCGACAACCUUUGGAGUCGGACUUCUCCUAGGUUGGGGUACAAAGAAUGGCCGAGGAUGCACUUCCGGACAUAUGCUCUGCGGCAUAUCGCGACUAUCCGCACGCUCAAUAAUCUCAACAGCCAUAUUCUUCACGACAGCCCUUAUAACUGCUAAUGUGGUUGGGGGAGGCUCUAACAUUCCACCCUGCGGCCCAUCAACACCAUGCUACACAGCCAUGUCUCCAUCAACACCCGAGCUAGCCUUUAUAUCUGGCGCGGUUAUAUUAUCAACGAUCACGAAUUUCUUCAUUAUUCCGAAGACAUUUACCCGGACCGAAACAUGCCGAAUUGCCUUCGCCUACAUCGCCGGACUCGAGUUUGGCCUCGGCCUAUUGAUUUCGGGAAUGGCGGACUCGGCUAAGGUCUUGCGGUUCUUUGCUCUACCCACCGAUCCGUCCCGUUUUGAUCCCUCCUUGGCUCUCAUCAUGGCAUUUGGUCUUGGCCCUUCACUCGUGACAUACUUGUCAUUGGAACCGGGUCAGUCGUUGGACAAGGAUAAGCCCGCCGCGAACCCGACGCUAGCUGAGCGUUGGAGACUCCCUACGGCGACGGUGGCAGAUAUCGACUGGCGCUUUGUGGCUGGUGCGUUGGCGUUUGGCGUGGCGUGGGGUUUAAAAGGAGUCUGUCCUGGCCCGGCUCUUUUGAGGUCCUUUCUCCAGCCUAGUUGGGGGUUGGUGACGGUGAGUGGAUAUUUUGUUGGUAAUCUCUUCUAA